AUGAUGAUCUUUGGAGGUACUACUUUAGUUGGUCAGAUCGUGAUUCAGUUGGCCAAGCUCUCUGGCUUCUCUCCCGUCAUAGUCACUGCAUCUCUUCGCAAUGCGAAGUUCCUGAUAUCCUAUGGCGCGACGCACGUCCUAGAUCGCAGGCUGUCUGCCUCAGAACUCCGAUCCGCCGUUACCGACAUAACAUCAUUACCUGUCAAGACAGUAUAUGAUGCGGUUGGUUUGCGCGAUACACAGAACGCCGCGUACGAUAUCCUCGCACCUAGUGGAACUCUCGUAGUCGUCCUCGAGGAUGCAGUGGAUCCUUCGAAGAAGACUCCGGAGAAGAAGAUCGUGCGCGCAGAAGGAGACACUUACGUUGAGAACCGUAGGACGAGCGCAAGCCUAAUCGGGCAGCUGACGUCUUUGCUGGAACGAGGUUUGAUCAAGCCGAAUCGUGUUGAGGUACUGUCUAAUGGGUUGGCGGGGAUUCCUGAAGGGUUAGAGAGGCUCAGGAACAAUGAGAGAUCCCAUUUGCAUUGGCCACACGGAGAAGUAGUGUGA